UCUUGGGGGACGAGGCAAGAGGGAGGACGGUGGUUUAUCCGGUCUGUCCUAUGAGUCCUAUGAGUCCUGUGUGCUGCUCUCUGUCUUUGUGUGUUGAUUGCAGUCCAAAAAAAGCAAAGGGAAAGUGAACACCUCUCGAAAGUCUCGGCGGGCGUGACGGCAGCGUUCUUUCAACUCCUCCAAUUCCGCCCAUCCCCAUCACCCUUCGUCCUCCCCCGAAACAACACAACAACCCCUCCUUGCACCCCUCGCCACCAACUCCAUCCUCCCACCCUCAUCCACCCACUCACCAAAACCAUGUCCCACCGUAAACUCGACGUCGACCAUUUCGACGACGAAGACGCCUUCAUCGACGAGAACGAGACCGCACACGGCAACACCGCCAUCAACGAAUCCGCUCAGCUCGACGUCGAUACCCGGGCCAACACCGUUAGGGACUUGCUUUCCAGGGGGGACACGGCCUCCGCCGUCGCCGCGGCCCUCGCUAACCCGCCUGCUGGCCGUGAAGUCCAGUCCAUCAAGGACAAAAACACAACAACAGUGAUGGAAGCCCUCUCCGCCGUCAAAUCCGCCGACAUCUUCCCGAUCGUGAAGCAGCUCGACCAGGCGCAGGUCGAUGUGCUGGUCAAGUAUAUCUAUAGGGGCAUGGCGAGUCCCGAGACGUUCAAUUCUGCGGUGUUGUUGGCGUGGCAUGAGAAGGCAACGGAAGUGAGCGGUCUCGGAUCGAUAGUACGCGUCAUGACUGACCGGCGAACGGUGUGAAAAGAGCCUUCGAUGCUAGGAAUUCCGACAGGGGGGUGGAGGGUAGCAGUGAGGAAGGUGUGGGAAGCGUGGGGAUUAGCAGAACGAAUGUGGUUGUUAUACAUGACGAGGAAUGGCACGGGUGGGAAAUCGAAGAUCUCU